GGCCGGCCCCUCUCUCAUUUCUCCCGCGCGAAAGCUGGCUGGACCGCUCCACUCCCGCCCUCCUCUGCAGGGGGAGCCCGGCACCCCCACCUCGGCCGCCGCCCCUGGACACGCGCGACGGCAGGCUGGGCCGCGCCACCUACGACGCCAAGGGGGCCGCGCGUAAAGCUGGGUGCGCAGCCUGCGGUGGGAGGCCCGGCGGGGCGACGCCGAGUGGGCGGUGCGGCGCGCCCCCCCUGUCCUGGCGCCGAGUGCGCCUCUCCCCCGGGCCCGCCCGAGCUCCGCCUGGGUGCGCGGCCGCGGGGCGUUCUCGGAGCGCCUGUCCCGUGGCGAGCCGGGCUCCCGUGGCCGCGUGCUGGGGCGAGGCUGGCGUCCCGUUAGGAAGAAUGGAGUUGGCGACUGGUUCUCAGAUCCCUAAGGAGGUGGCUGACAUCUUCAACGCCCCCAGCGACGAGGAGGAGGAGUUCCUGGGCUUUGCAGAUGAGGUUCCCAUGGAAACCCUCUCGCCAGAGGGGAGCCGUGAUAGCUUUGACUCCCUGGCGUCCCCGGCGCAGGGGUGUGUUUUCGCUGCUGCAGGACGUGCGUUUCCGUUCCACAUACUUCACAGAAGAGCUGAGAAGGAUUUUUGUGGAGGACACUGACUCGGAGAUGGAAGAUUUCGAAGGCUUCACGCCGAGUGACGUCAGUGGGAGCAGCGGCGCGGAGCUGGGGGAGUCAGAUUUGGGCUCUGACAGCUCAGCAUCAGUGGUGAGUGAGGAGGAGGAACAGGAGGAGGAGGAGGCGGCGGCGGCCCCCCGGCGGCGGCGCAGGUCUGGACGAAGCAGCAUCGGUCUUCGAGUGGCCUUUCAGUUCCCCACCAAGAAGCCGGCGAAGCGGCCCGAGCGGAGCCCCUCCUCGGAGCCCUUGGGCCCCGGCCUGCGCUCCCAGGACAAGCAGGUGGCGGCCCUGGGCCGGAAGAAAAGCUGCAGGCCGGGGAGGGACAGGGAGGAGUCGGCUUCGGAGUCGGAGGAUGACGAGGGCCAGGAGAGCUCAGACGCCCUGCUGAAGAGGAACUUGAACAUCAAGGAGAACAAGGCCGUGCUGGCCCGGUUAUUGGCAGAACUGAACUCAAUGCCGGAUUUCUUCCCGGUACGGAGCCCGGCCUCAGCGUCCAAGAAGAGGACGACGACGCGGCGCGCCUUGUCCGAGGGACAGCUCCCCCGGCGCGUGAACCCGGCCCGCAGCGCCCGGCCACCCGAGCGCUUUGCCCUGGAGAGCUUCACCGUGUCGGCCGCCAAGUUCGCAGAGGAGUUCUGCAGAAUCAGGAGAAGGAAGACCAUCAGCGGGGGCAGAUGCCAGGGGUACAGGCGCCGGCACAGAGUGUCUUCCUUUCGGCCCGUGGAGGACAUCACUGAAGAGGACCUGGAAAACGUGGCCAUCACCGUUCGAGACAAAAUCUAUGACAAAGUCCUGGGGAACACAUGCCAUCAGUGCCGGCAGAAGACCAUCGACACCAAGACCGUGUGUCGCAACCAGGGCUGCGGCGGCGUGCGGGGCCAGUUCUGCGGGCCCUGCCUGAGGAACCGCUACGGCGAGGACGUGCGCUCCGCCUUGCUGGACCCGGACUGGAUGUGCCCCCCCUGCCGCGGGAUAUGCAACUGUAGUUACUGCCGCAGGCGCGACGGACGCUGUGCCACGGGCAUCCUCAUCCACCUGGCCAAGUUCUAUGGCUACAACAACGUUAAGGAGUACCUGGAGAGCUUACAGAAGCGGCUGGUGGAAGACAAUUAAGCGAGGCGGCAGCCAGCCAGUUCAGUGGAGAAGACGUGCAUACCGUUUGUGCCUACGAUUUCUUAUAGUUGUGUUUUUAUACAGAAAUGUCUUUGUAGAGUUCAGAGUUUCUAAAUACUAUUUUUAAAAAAGAGAUGUGUUUAUGUGCAUACAAGAUCUCAGGAAGAUAGCAGAGGACUCUAUGUAUAUAUAUUUACACACGUGUUGUGUGCACUGAAUUGUUCCAAGUGUCUGCUGACGGCAAAGCACAAUUUCAGUGGCGUGGAGGGAAGGUGCAGGUAAGUGGUGGAGGUGGCACGGUCGCCGUAGGCCCUUGUGUAGAUCGGUGCUGCUCUUUCACGUCCCAGACAGAUAACUCUAGGUCAGGCCGUUACCCACCCUUCGGUUUUUGCCUUCUCAUCGGAGACCACAGUGCAAUUAAGCACAGCGAACAGGCGAGAGCCAGCGUUUUAUUGGACUGCACAACAGGGGGCCGUCGCAUCCUGCUGCUUCUGUGUUUUGAAGAGUUCAUCGUUAACCUCUGAUAAGAACUACAGUGCCCCUUCCUCUUCCCUGCUCUGUGUCCAGAUGAGACCCUGGAGGGAGGGGGAGCUGGGCUAGGGGGAUGGAAGAGCCCCUCCCCUCCUCAUGUUUUAGAAAGGGAAUGCACGUGUGCACCACGCAGGAGCUGGAAAGUGUUUUAUGCUUUGCAGUAGGAGGAAUGCACGUGCCCGUGUUAACACUAUGGGAGCCCCUCCCCAACAUGCUGCCGAGGCUGGAGCCCCCGCCCAAAGACCGAGGACCCCUGCGCCCACCCCUCUCAGGCCUCCAGCAGCAGGGCCACGCCGGCCAGGACCCAUCGCGCCGUCUUCCCUUUGCUCUUCAGCCUGAAGGUCCAGACGUAGGUGGGGCCUCGCGCGUUGGUUCUGUACACGGGGCACUCGUAGGUGUGCUUGGUCUCCUGCCUGUCCACGGGUAUGGCCUUGGCAAAGAUGACUGGCAUGGUGGCUGUCAGCUCCCUGAGGCGGGCUUCCACGAUGGCUCCUGCCUGGGUGUCCCACCUGGCUCCUAGGGCACAAACACAAUGGCUGUAGCUGUGGGGCACGGGGGUACUGAUGAUGUCAUCGUUUGUCACAAUAAACAUUCCUGUUUUGUCACGUU